CAGAUUUGCCUCUUCGGAACAAUUGCCAAUCUUUUGAAUAUCAUGGUAUUGACCAAAAAGGACAUGGCCAAAGCCCCUAUAAAUAAAAUUCUAAAGUGGCUGGCAGUGGCUGAUAUGUUUGUAAUGAUUGAGUAUAUACCAUUUGCAUCGUCACAGUAUAUUUAUAUGAAACCAGGUCAAAAAGAUUUCAGUUACGCCUGGGCCAUUUACAUUCUGUUCCAUAUGAAUUAUACCCAAGUCCUGCAUACAAUCUCCAUUGGUCUGACGGUGACAUUGGCAGUGUGGCGCUAUGUAGCCAUAAGACACCCCCAUGGAGCAUGUGCCAGCUUCCUGUUGUCCCACUGCAACGAAUGCAUUCUCUUCUCCUUUGUCAUAUCGCCCAUUGUCUGUUUUCCCACGCUGUUGGUGUUUAAAGUGAGCGAACGUGUAAAGGACAAUCGGGUCUUGUACUAUGUUCAAGCUGAUAAAAAUUCCAAUCUGUAUAGAAUAAAUUUUUGGAUCCACUCGGUUAUAAUUAAGCUGCUGCCCUGCUGUAUAUUAACCAUAAUUAGCUUCGUGCUGGUCAAGGUGUUGUGUGAGGCCUCCAAGCGGAAGCAAAAACUCAAGGAAUAUAGUAAUCCAAAUAAGUUGUCGGCCCAGCAUCAACAUUUGCAAAAGCAUGCCUCAAGAAUACCUAAAUGUGACCGGCGUACGGACCGUACAACAAUGCUGCUGGUGGCUGUGUUAAUCCUUUUCUUAUUGACCGAAUUCCCCCAGGGCAUAUUGGGUCUGAUGUCCGGCAUUAUGGAGAAAUGUUUUUUCGAAGUGUGCUAUCAAGUGUUCGGCGAAAUGAUGGAUUUACUGGCACUCAUUAAUGCGGCUGUUGAUUUCGUGCUCUAUGGCCUGAUGUCGAAACAGUUCCGCACCACCUUUAAAUCGUUAUUUUUUAAGAGGCGUCUGGGCAGCAUUGAACUGACACGGGUAACGCGUUUGACCACAACGUGCGUAUGAUUGGCUCCAGGGGAUAAUGAGAUGAGGCGGCUGUCGAACA